AUGUCCUCCGAGACGCAUAGCUGGCAGGACCUCUGCAAGGCUCGCAGGCGUGUCCAGGCCGAGUCCAUCCCCAAGGACUGGCUCAUCGACCUCCCGCCCACCGACCUCCGCGAUGUUCGCGACGUCCCGCGCGCCUGUGGCCUGCUCUCCCCGCGCGAGCUCGAGAUCACAGAGACGACAGACACCGACCUCCUCCUCCUCAACCUCCGCACCGCCGUCUGGUCCUCCGUCGAGGUCACCACCGCGUUCUACAAGCGCGCUAUCGUUGCGCAGCAGCUGACAAAUUGCUUGACAGAGAUCUUUGUUGAUCGCGCCCUUGCCCGUGCGAAGGAGGUCGACGACUAUCUCAAGGCGACCGGGAGGCCCAUCGGUGCCCUCCAUGGCCUCCCCAUCUCGCUCAAGGACCAGUUCCCUAUCAAGGGGCUCGAGACCAUCAUGGGCUACGCUGGAUGGAUCGGCCGCUACGCCGACUCGGACUGCGUGCUCGUUGAGAUCCUUUACGAACAAGGCGCGGUCCCCUUCGUCCGCACCAACGUGCCCCAGACCCUCGUGUGGGGCGAGACGUCCAACCACGUCUUCGGCCGGACGACGAACCCGUACAACCGGUACAUGACACCGGGCGGCUCCUCCGGCGGCGAGGGUGCCCUCGUAGCUAUCCACGGCAGUCCCUUGGGUGUCGGGACCGACAUCGGCGGCUCCGUCCGCAUCCCGGCCUCUUUCUGCGGUCUCUACGGCCUGCGCCCGUCCUACGAACGUCUACCCUACGCGAAAGCCGUCAACGUCGCCCCCGGACAGGAGUCCAUAUCCUCCGUACUCGGCCCGCUGUCCCCCAGCCUCGCGGGCGUACGCGUGUUCACGCAGGCGGUCCUCGCUACGCGUCCGUGGCGCCGCGACCCGCUCGCGGUGCGCAAGCCGUGGGCGUGGGACGAGUACGCGCUCGCGGAGCACGGCGCGGGCGGGAGGAUGUGCUUCGCGGUCAUGUGGGAUAAUGGCAUGGUGAAGCCGCACCCGCCAGUGAGGCGCGCGAUGGAGAUAGUGAAGACGGCGUUGGAGGCGGCGGGGCAUACCGUGAUUGACUGGGAGAACCACCGACACUUGGAGUUCUACGAGGUAACGGAGCGCAUCUUCGCCGCGGACGACGCGCAGGACUAUCUCGCCGCAUGCGCGCUGUCCGGGGAGCCGCUCAUCCAGACGAUGAGUCCAGACACGGACGCGCACGAGUACGCCCUCGACGAGCCCUUCGCGCGCACGAUUGUGGCGAGCGCCGGCACCUCACUCUGGCAGCUACACGCGCGAAAGCGGGAUCUACGCAAGUCCCACCUUGACCACUGGGAGGCGACCGUCGCGCGCACGGGCACGGGCCGUCCAGUCGACGCGAUCAUCAGCCCCGUGGCCCCGUACACGGCCUGCCCGCACGGCUGCAACUCGGAUGCAUUCUACACAACCCUGACAAACACACUGGACUACACUACGUCCUGUUUCCCGGUGACGUACGCGGAUGCUGAGCUCGACAUGGCCGAGCCUCCACACGAGUUCUUCAACCACGAAGACGAGGCGGUUUACAAGCUUUACGAUCCGCAGCUCUUCCAUGGGCUCCCCGUCGGCCUUCAGCUGAUUGGGCGGACGCUGGAGGAAGAGGGUGUGAUUGCCAUGACGGAAGUUGUUGACAAGGCACUGAAGACAAUGUAA